AUGGCAGCUACCGGAAUCUCCACAGAACACAAUUCUGUCGCAAAUUUAUUUGAAUCACUAAAUUAUGGUCCUGCUCCAGAGGCUGACAACGUAGCUAAGGCAUGGUUAGAAGAUCAUGGAAGAGAUUUUGGACAUUUUAUCGCUGGAAAAUGGUAUAAACCAUCUGAUGAAAGAAAAAAAUAUGAAACUAAAUCACCAUCUACAGGUGAAGUACUGACUGCCACUAUUCAGGGUAACAGUGAAGAUGUAGAUUUAGCUGUUAAAGCAGCUAGAAAAGCUUUUCAAUCAUGGAGCACCUUAUCUCCUCAUGUAAGAGCUCGACACCUUUAUAGUAUUGCAAGACAUGUACAGAAACAUCAAAGGUUGGUGAGUGUAAUAGAGUCUAUGGAUAAUGGUAAACCAAUACGUGAAACUAGAGAUGCUGAUAUACCACUGGUGGUACGCCAUUUUUAUCAUCAUGCUGGGUGGGCUCAACUAAUGGAAACUGAAAUGAGAGGGUGGAAACCAAUCGGUGUUGUGGGUGCUAUUGUUCCUUGGAAUUUUCCACUGAUGUUGUUAACCUGGAAGAUAUGUCCAGCAUUAGCUAUGGGUAAUACAGUGGUAUUAAAACCAGCUACCUAUACCAGACUAACAGCUCUAUUAUUAGCUGAAAUCUGUAGUGAAGCUGGUUUACCACCAGGUGUAUUUAAUGUAGUUACUGGUAAUGGAGCAUUUGGAGGUCAACUUGCAGCUCAUCCUGAUGUUGAUAAAGUUGCCUUUACUGGCUCUACAGAGGUAGGACAGGUAUUAAGGAGAUCAACAGCUGGUACUGGUAAAAAAUUAUCAUUAGAAUUAGGAGGUAAAUCACCAGUAGUAGUAUUUGAUACAGCUGAUUUAGAUAGUACUGUAGAGGGUAUUGUAGAUGCUGUAUGGUUUAAUCAAGGCCAGGUGUGUAGUGCAGGAUCAAGACUACUGGUUCAUGAGUCUGUACAAGAGAAAUUAGUCAACAAAUUAAAAGAAAGAUUAACACAUUUCCGUGUAGGUGAUAGUUUAGAUAAAACUAUUGAUUUGGGAGCUAUUGUUGAUGAAUCACAAAGAAAAACUAUAGCUGAUUAUGUUGAUAGUGCUAGACAGGAAGGUGCUGAGGUUUAUCAAGCUAGUAUUAGUAUACCAUGUAGAGGCUGUUUUUAUCCACCAACUUUAAUAACUGGUGUACAGACAGUUUCUAGAGUUGUUGUUGAAGAGAUAUUUGGACCAGUAUUAGUAGUGUUACCAUUUAGAACAGCUAAAGAAGCUAUAAGUCUAGCUAAUAAUACAGUGUAUGGAUUAGCUGGUAGUGUAUGGACAGAGAAUAUUAGUCUAGCUAUGGAAGUAGCUAUAAAUAUUAAAGCUGGUGCUGUAUGGAUUAAUAGUCACAAUGUAUUUGAUGCUGCUGCAGGUUUUGGUGGAUAUAAACAAUCAGGAUAUGGAAGAGAUGGCGGUAAAGAGGGUUUAUAUGAAUAUGUGAGACCUACAUGGGAAGAUAGAGCAAGGCUUGAUGCUAUUACUGAUGAUGUCAUAAAAACAUUUGGAUCAACUCUACCUCCUAGACCAGCUGUAUCUGAUAGUUCUACAAGUGAUGUUGAUACACCAAGUGUUGAUAGAACAUAUAAGUUAUAUUAUGGUGGAGCACAGAAACGUCCAGAUGGACAGUAUUCUAGACCUAUUUCUAAUCCCCAGGGUAAAGUUGUAGGUAUUGUGGGUGAAAGUAAUAGAAAAGAUGUUAGGAAUGCUGUAGAGGCUGCUCAUAAAGCUGCUCCUGGGUGGGGUAAAAGAGCAGCUCACAACAGAGCACAGAUAGUUUAUUAUAUGGCUGAGAAUUUAGAAGUAAGAAGAGAUGAAAUUAGUAAACGUAUAUCUAGUAUGACAGGUAAAGAUCUAGAACAGUCUUAUAAAGAAGUGGAUGAUUCUAUACAACGAUUAUUUCAUUGGGGUGCUUAUUGUGAUAAAUAUGGUGGCACUGUACAGGUAAGACAUAUAUAUAAUUGUAAGAGAUCCUGUCCUGAUGAAUAUCCUUUAUUAGGUUUUAUAUCAUUAUUUGCUCCUGCUGUUAUUCGUGGUAAUGCAGUAGUUGUUGUACCCAGUGAGAAAUAUCCUCUUGUAGCUCUAGAUUUCUAUCAGGUAUUUGAUACAUCUGAUUUACCUGGUGGUGUAGUCAAUAUAUUAACUGGUGAUAGAGAUCACAUUGUCAAAUACUUGGCUGAACAUCAAGAUAUACAAGCUAUGUGGUAUUUUGGUACUGGCCAGGGAUCCAAGUUUGUAGAAUAUACUUCAGCUGAAAACUUAAAGAGAACAUGGGUGAACUAUGGAACCAAUCGUAAUUGGAGUGAUCCAGAACAAGGACAGGGAGAAGAAUUUUUAUAUCAUUCCAUACAAGUGAAGAAUAUAUGGAUUCCUAUGGGAGAUAUUUUUGCCAAUUAAAACCAAACCAAAGUCAAUAUGAAAACCAGUUAGUUAGAUAUAGUGUGUAAUACCCAGUGAUACUUAUAGUUUUAGUUGAAUUUAGGUGAAUUUUUAAUUUGUUAAUUGAUACCUAUGAUUUUGUGCAGUAGCUGAUGUUAUGUUAGUUGUGUUUAUGUAUAAUAUCUUGCCCAAAUGAAAUCUAGUCCUUGAAUUAUUGCUUUGUUAAAAGAUAUAAAAUUAUGUGCUAUAAUGCUUUAUUCUUAUUAACUAUUAGAAUUUCCAUGUGGAAAUGGAAUUAUGAAAUUAAAUUGUACAAACUGAUAAUUCACUUAAAAAGGUUUAUUGCCAGAUAUCUGAUUGUUUUAUGAUAAUAAUCAUCUACAUAGUUGCUUUAUCACAACAAUAAAAGCUCAAUUUUGACUAUCAACAGCAUUCUUUUGAAUUAAAAUCCAAAGUUUUCCUGUUGAAGUUAUUACAAAUGUUUUCAAAGUGGCAUAGAUUGGUGAAACUGACUAUAUCUCUUUUAUUGAUUGAUUUUACAUAAUAUCUAAAUCAUGUUGAGUAUUAUUAUUAAACCUAGUGCUAUAUUUUAUUUGUCUAUUAGGAUGAUCUGAUUGUAUGAUGAUUGAGAAGUGUUGAUUAAUAUUCUAUACCACAUAUAUUAUUAUUCUU